GGCCGGGCGGGGCCGCCGGCCCCGCGGCAGGUGCGGGCACAGCAUGGCCCGGGCCGAGCGGCUGCGGAACAAGCUCGUGGAGCGCUGCGAGCGGAUCCAGCUGCAGAGCGCGGCCAUCGCCCGGCACGUGGACGAGGUGCUGCCUGCCAAAGACCAGGGCGUCCAGAGCGCGGCCAGCGCGGCGCGGGAGCUGGUGGUGCAGAGGCUGCUCCUGGUGGGGAAGGCCUGCGAGAACGAGGAGCAGCGGCUGCUGGAGAGGGUGCACGCCGAGGAGGAGAGGGCACACCAGAGCAUCCUCACCCAGCAGGUGCACUGGACAGAGGCUCUGCACAAGCUGGGUGCCCUCCGCACCUACCUGGUGGACAUGAUCACCAACCUGGAUGACCAGGGCCUGCUGCGUGCAGAGCAAGAGAUCUUCGAGAGGACGGAGGUGGCGGAGGGAAUCUUGGAGCCCCAGGAGUCCCUGAAGUUAAACUUUAAUCAGAGCUGUGUUCAGAGUCCACUGCUGCAUCGACUGUGGGCCUGUGCUGUGCUCUGCUGCCUCACAGGCUCACAGGAGAUUCACAUCGAUGAGAAAACCCUGAGCCCCCACCUCAGCCUGUCAGAAGACAAGAGAACCCUGACCUUCAGCCCCAAGAAAGCAAAGGUGGACUCGGGCUGCCCCGAGCGGUUUGACCACUGGCCCAACGCUUUGGCCACUGCACCUUUCCACUCGGGGGUGUGUGCCUGGAAGGUCAGUGUGGAGCAGAGCUGUGCCUACAAGCUGGGGGUGUGCUACAGCUCCGUGCCCAGGAAGGGCUCUGCCAACGAAGGCCGCCUGGGCUUCAACGCCGCCUCCUGGGUGUUCUCACGCUACGACAAAGAAUUCCGGUUCCUGCACGCGGGGCAGCCCCAGCCCGUGGAGCUGAUCAAGGCCCCGGCAGAGAUCGGGGUCCUGCUGGACUUUGCAGGGGGGGAGCUGCUCUUCUACGACCCUGACUCCUGCACCAUCCUCUUCUCCCACCGCCAGGCCUUCCUGGAGCCCGUGUUCCCUGUCUUUGCCGUGGCACACCAGAGCAUCUCGCUCGGCCGUGUGUGACUGUGUGCUGUGCCCGGGGGAAGGGAGCCUGGGCAGGGCUGUGGCUGUGUCCAGGGCCCUUCAGACAACACCUGCCUUCACACUACACCUGUCCUCUUGUGUUCUCUGCAGCUUUCCUCUCGUCCCAGAGCCUACACUCUGUGCUGGGGUGAGGGGUCUGGGAAUGCCUGCCUGGGCCAGCUACUCCUAGGUGAAUUGUGUGGUUUCUGCCUCACCAAAGGCAGCUUUCCAGUCUGCUGGUGGGCUGGAAAAAAGAGCAGAAAUAGUGAGAGAUAUGUAUGGAGGAGUGGCAGGGAGGAGGCCCAUGGAAAGGGACAUAGUGUGCUCUACAACUCCUUGGCAGGAGAGUGGAGCUGGGGGCGUCAGGCUCUGCUCCCAAGCAAUGGUGAAAGGACAAGAGGAAACGGCUUCAAGUUGUGCCAGGAGAGGUUUAGUUUGGAUCAUGGAGAAAAUUCCUUCUCUGGGAGGGUGGUCAGGCCUUGGCACAGGCUGCCCAAGACAGUGAUGGAGUCACCAACCCUGGAGGGGUUUCGAAGGUGUAGUGGAUGUGGCACUUGACAUGGUUUAAUGGUGGCCUAGGCAGUGUUGGGGGAACAGCUGGACUCAAUCCUAAAUGUCUUUUCCAGCCUUAAUGAUUCUGUGAUUCCCUGACUGGGGCACAGCUGGAGAAGCUUUUGGGAGGAGCUACCCCACUGCAGAGCAGGGAUAGCACAGGGGGCUGUCCCCUGUGGGGGAACCAUGCUGGGAGAGGGGCACUGCUGAGGGGUUGUGGCCAUGUCCAGGCAGAGGAACAAGCAAAGACCAGCAGAAAGAAACCAAAACUGAGUGUCCCAAGGCAGUGGGGUUUGAGUGUAAUGUGGUGCAAACAUGGGGAGCUGAUGGCAGCAGGCAGGGAGGAAGGAGAGGUGUAGGCCGGGAGUUGAGCCAGAGAAAGGGGUUUAAAAUCAUCUUUAA